UGACCGCUGUAAUGCAGUUACGGUAAAUAAGGGUACUCCCAUAUGUAUUUACGGUAGUCCAAUUAUAUAGGGGGAUUACGGUAGUAAGCAUGGAGUGUUUUAUGAAUGGAGUUGUAAUGGCGGCGUGCACGCGAGUAAACAACGCCGAGUAGACAACGCCGUUUGGUGGCUGUUCUUCCUUAUUUAAGGCAAUGAUGAAGGGUUGUACCUGUGCGAUGAGACAUUUGUUGUAGCUGCUGCCAGGAGCUGGCCUAUGUCACUGUUUUGAGGCUUUAGAUAUAAUAUAUAAACCCAAUGUGUUUCUAAAUCCACUUGUGAGGUACUUAAAAGUGUUUGCCCAUUUUAAUAUACCCACAUGCACUUGCUACCAAAGAAGCCUAUUUAUGUGUUAUUUUAUUAUGGUUGGAUUGUGAAUAAAUAACUAUGAAAAAGAUGAUUAUGGGACUGAGGAGUUUGUUUGUUUAUUCUAUGUAGGCUUUACAGUUUUGGCGUCAACGAACAGGAUUUUUUUUUUUUUUUUUUUUUUUUUUUUUUUUUUUCUGAUUGGUAGCGAGUGAUGUGGUAGGGUUGGUUAAGCAUUCAAAACAGUGACGUGGGCUGAAGAACUGGAAUUUCAGUAGAACGGCGGGGGACAUAAAAGCUGUUAUAGCGUGACUGACAUUAAUACAAUGGAGCAAGAACUUGUAGCAUUGCGGGACAGGCUGGCUAAGGAAAAAGCUGCAAUGGAUGAACUUCGACAACGGAACGAAGCAUUGACUGCUCAGUUACAACAAGCAGCAACAUCAGAUCCUUUGGAGACUUCACAUUCCCCUUCAGAUGCAGAUAUGCUUGAUUCUGCUGCCUCCACUGCCUCCGCUGCUGCCUCAAGUAAAAUUACAACAUCUGUUGAAGUGAUUUAUAUGCCCAAAGACAAAAAGAUGUUACUGUUUUCUGGUGAUCCAGGUACUGUUUCUUAUUAUGACUGGGUUGAUGAAGUGCAAAAUUUUAUGACCUAUAGACAAUACAAAGAAAGAGAGCAGGCAGCAUUUCUGUAUGAUCAUUUGGAGGGGGGAGCAAAACAAGAGAUAAGAUAUAGUUCAGCAGAAAUACGUAGGAGCCCUGCAUUGAUUCUAGAAGCUUUAAAGGAGGCUUAUGGCCAUCCUUAUUCAUUGACUGCAUCUCAAAAGCGUUUCUUUGAUCGAAAACAAAAGGCAGGUGAGGGGUUGCGGGAAUUUUCUCAUUCAUUGCUCUCUUUGGCAGGGGAUAUAAAUCGUUGUAAUGGAGGAGUGGAAUUAUGUGGGGAACAGACAAUAAGAAAUCAGUUUGCAGAAAACGUAAGGGACUCUUCACUCCGUAGAGAAUUAAAACGAUUGAUUAGACAAGAUCCAAAUAUUAAGUUUUCUGUUUUGCGGAGAGAAGCUAUGCUGUUUUGGGAAGAAGAUAAUGUACCUGAUAGAGUUUCCUGUGGCUUAGCCCCAGAAAGUGCAAUAGUUGAAUGUGCUGGCAUUGCAACUACAACAAAUACCCCUGUUAACCCUGAUCCUCUUCUUCUUGAGCUUAGGGAUGCCAUGAGGAAACAGGAGGAGAAAUUAGAGGGGCUUGUACAACAGGUAUCCCGAUUGCAAAAUCUUGAGGGGAGACGGGGACGUAGGUUAAGACAGGAACCCAGGUAUGAUGCAAAUGGAAGACCUAUUUGCUUUAGAUGUCAAGGAAUAGGGCAUAUAGCCAGAUUUUGUUCAGAUACAAACAUUAUUAGUGAUAAUGGUCGCCAGGCCGCACCUUCUGAGGUACCUAGGGGGGCAGUGGCUCCAGUGAAUGUGCAACAGGGAAACUAAUUCCUUCUGUAGUUAAGAGCCAGACUACGGGAGGGGAAUAUUUGGGCUCAGUUGAUCCUAUCAUUUCAUGUGAAAAGGUAUUUAAUGCUCUUACAGGGCCUACCCCAGUUAUGGAUGUGUUUAUGGGGGGAGUAUGUGUUCCAUCCAUGAUAGAUACAGGCUCUAUGGUGACCCUUAUAACGGAGAGUUUUUUUAAGGAACAUUUUGAGUGUAAAGGGAAGGAUGUUCUACAAGAGUGUGGGUGGCUCACUUUAAAGGCAGCAAAUGGCCUUUCUAUACCAUAUUUGGGGUAUCUAGAACUUGAUGUUAAGAUUAUGGGGAAGAUUUUGCCAAAAUGUGGUGUUUUGGUGGUGAAAGAUCCAACAGAUCCUGUAACAAAAUUGAAAAGGAAAAAUGUGCCAGGAUUAGUGGGCAUGAACAUAAUAAAGGAUUGCAGUGAAAUUUUGUCAGGUCCUCUUAAUUUAAUGCCACCAGAACAAUGUCCUCA